GUUUACUUCCGGGGGAAUCCCGCUAGUCGCGAAUGACACGGUGCAGUGCGAGGUGGAGAGUGGUCGAUAAAUGUCUUUCAGGUAUAUAAACAACUCAGAUCGAGGGAAAACUUGUGACUUCUUGUUGUCCUGCCCACAAGAUAUGAUUUUACAUUGGGAAAAAGACGUAUAGGGCAUAAUGUCACGUGGAAGUUGAGACUCUGCGAGAAAUGAGAGUGAAUUGUCGCAGAGUGGCUUUUCUGAUUUUGGUGGCAUAUUUCGUUAUCUCGUGCUACACAGGAUUUCUUUUGAUCCAACGACGCAGGGCACGAGCAGCUUACGAAUAUCAACGUAUACAAGGACUCACAGAGUUUUCAGAUGAGCAUGGAAACUACCUAGAGAACCCCGGCAUCCAAUCUCAGUACAGACAUCAGUUCCAGAGAAUCCUCUGGAACCUCGAGGAUGAUCAGAGUGUGGUUGCCAUGGGAAACAAGACCAAGCCACAGUUUGUGGUUGAGAUAUGGGGGAAAGCUGCCAUAAGUCUCUAUCUGUGGCAGCACAUCUUUGAUGCGGAGCUGGGACCUCGCAUGGGAGGAGUCUGGAGCUACGGGACCAAGAGAUUCCAAAACAUAGAGUUCAGAUUGAGGACGGGACCAGGUGUUACUCCUUCAAAGGUGCCAAAAGACACCCAGAAUCUCGUGCUGACCCUCAACGUCCGAGACUUCACCAAGAUUGACCCUGCCAAGGCCUGGCUGGACGCCCUAGCUGGUUUUCCGCAGCUGAAGAAUGUGGCAGUGAUAUUGCUGGGUAACGAACAGUGCGACAACGAAUGGAUUAAGCCAUACUUAGUGACCAACAAAGGACCAGUCAAGUGUGUGUUUGUUGUUUAUGAUAGCCCAGAUGUCGACAACAAAAUAUUCUAUCAGUGGCCGUUAGGUGUUGCCACAUAUAGGAAUUUUCCUAAAGUUAAAAGUGCCUUCAUUCCAACCUCCAUACAAAGAAAACACAUGUGUAACUACAUGGGGACAAUUUACGUCAAUUCUUCACGUCAGGUGCUUCUAGAUUUAUUAACCACCCCAAAGAUGAAGGACAGGUGUUAUGUCAAAGUCCGGCACAAAUGGUUACCGGAUGAGACAGAGCAUUCCCGUGAUAAUUACCUUAAAGUAUUAGCACACAGUGACCUAACUUUUAACCCUGUGGGGAUGAAUGCAGAAUGUUACCGAAUAUAUGAAGCGUUGUCUUACGGAUCCAUUCCAGUCAUAGAGGAUGUUCUCACCCCAGGGAAUUGUGGGAAUUCAUCGGGAUUUUCCGUUAGUGCUCCGCAUCGAUUGUUAAAAGCAGAAAAAGCACCUGUGAUAUUUAUAAAAGACUGGCAGAAGGAUCUCCCUUCCAUUCUUGAUAAAGAGGCCAAUAUGACUCUAGAGCAGAAAUCCAAACGCAGAAAAGAUGUGUUAUUGUGGUACGAGAAUUUUAAGGCCAAAAUGAGGAAACAUUUUGUUUCAGUGAUUCAGGAAAAAUUCUUUGGUGUCGAUCAGUUUUUAUGACUUAUAUGUUGAUUCUGUUUUCCGUGGUACUGUAACUUAAGAAAAAAAAUUUCAAUUUUGAAAAUACAUAAGGGCAUGAACUGUGACGGUUUAUGACAACAAACUUCAUGAAGUGUUAGUGCCUCAUGAAAAGUACACUGUCGUGAAACGUUACUGUAAAUUCAUACUCUCGUGUGUUUUUAAAACAUAAAAAAAUAAUUAAUUUUUUAUAUUUACAGUUUACUUUCAUUUCUGUUGGAAUAUUCCCAGCUGUUAAAAUAUUCUUACUAUAUUUAUCAAUGCGCACAUUGUUCACAUUCAUGAGAAAAUGGCCAUCAUUUCAAUUGGUGACAAUAUCUGAAGUAAAAACACUGGAAAUGUUAAUUGAUAUAUAUAAUAGCUUUGGUACAGAAAGUUUAGUUACCAUGGUUAUCUAUAUUCUGUUUAAGUAUAAAAAGGAGAGUAUCUCCUUUGACUUUGUGAGAUGUCCAUAUCAGCCUUGUAUGUGUACGACUUCUGUAUGUUUCAUUCAUUGAUACCACAAACUGGAGGAGUAGGAUAAAAGUAGUUACAGAGAGCAAAUUUUUCCCACGAACAUCAUGAUCCAUAUGCACCUAACUGUUUGUAUCAUUUUUCUUAUGUGUUGUCCAGUUCAUAGUUGAGGAUUUUUUCAUGGUGCAAUAAAUGAUUGUCAUUAUUGAAAUGUUAACCAUGCAAAUCCGCAAACAUAAUAAGCUGCAGAGCAGGGGAGAAGCUAACAUCAUUCAAAUGUUUGAUAGCUACAUGUUAUGGUUUUCAAAAUAUAUGUUGACGUUAUUAUGCUACAUAUAUGUAUACAUAUGUAUAUAAAAUCUGCGACACAAUGAACAAAGGUUGUUGAAACGUAUAUAUGUAGUAUAUAUAUAUAUUUACAUGAUCUUUAGAUUUAAAGGCAGCUAAACCUGUGAUUGUUUUCUUUAGUUACAUGAUUUAACUUCAAUCUAUAUUCGUAAGACAUAGAUUAAACAUUUUUAAGUACAUUUAACCAAUUUCUGAUGUUCUGUAGAAUUUGUUUCGGGGCCAGAUUCACAAAAAUGUUAAAACUCCAUUAAACAUGUAAAGUACUGUGUAUCUAAACAUGCAAACAAAGUACAUGUUGAUUUCAGUAACUGUGUUUUGCAGUGGAAUUUUUAGCAAGACGCAAAUUUAGCGAUUUUUCCAUAAAAAUGGGUAUAUAUAUUUAACGAGAGCUAAUUUUAGAAAUCUAUAAUUCUAGGAAAGAUAACUAUUACCUCUGAUAUGGAAUAAAUUGUUAGCAAUAGUCAAUUUUAGCGAUCUCAUCACUCUCGCUAAUAAUGCCAAAAUUAAAUCCUCGCUAAAAAUUCUGUUCAUACAGUAUGGUGAAUACAAAGAGUGAAAAUGAAGCAUUGUGAAAAGUUGAGUUUCAACUAACAUGUGAGUUAUUAAGUCUGUUCAGAUGUAUUUUGUGAAAUUAAAUGCAUGUACAUGUUAUAUAAAAGUGGACAUAUGGUGUUAUGUGGUCAAGUGCUGAUUUAUGAUGUGCAUGUGUGUGUGCGUGCGUGGAUUAUGAGCAAACUGGGUUUUAUUAUGCAUGCACAUGCCAAAUUGUUGAUAUGCAUGCAUUAUAGGAUAAAUAUGAAUGUGUACUAGGGGAAAUAACUCUUCAUAUUGCCAAAAAUUUACAAAGGUUGUAGGUAUAUAUACUGUUUUGACAUGAUUAAGUAUUGUGUAUGUUUUUUUAAAUGUGUAAAUAUCACUUUUAAAUUAUGUAUCUCAAUUCAUUUUCGUUAUACUGGCCUCAGAGAAAUGAUGAUUUUGUGAUAUAUGAUUUUAAAAAUCAUUGUGAUUUAUGAUGUCAGAUUGAUUUGUAGAAAUAAUUGUCUUCAAUAUCAAAUAUUUUGAAUCGCGAUCAGAUUUGACUGGUGGUCACAUUUGACUUGUGGUCAUGCACAUUUAACUUGUGGUCAGUUUACCCUAAUAUUAUUUUUCAUCAUCGGUAGCAUCACCCAGAUCCGAUACUUUUCCAGAGACAGGCAUUUACAGUGUAACCUCUCUAAAUCAGACACCUGUACCCAAACUUUUUAACAGUUUAACGACAUCUGAAAUAAGAGAUCUUCCAUCAGUAUAACAUAUUUUCAGUUGGUACAAUCAUGAUUUGACUGGAUAUAUCCAAUUUUCAAAUUUGUAUACCGAGGGGCAUGCUAGAGAUAAAAAGAUAUGAGCACAAAAUUAAGGAGUCUUUUUCUUUUAUAUUCAGCUCCUUCUGUUUUUAGUUUGAAAUUGUAAUGAUGAAAACUGACAGACCCAGCAACCCCAAAAUAUAUCAGAGAAUUAUACAAAUAUAUCGGAGAAUUAUACAAAUAUAUCGGAGAAUUAUACUUGUAGGUUACAGACUGUGUAUGGGAAAAUAUGACGGCCGAGUUUUUUUGGCACCGAGCUUGCGAGGUCUACGCGACAAAAAACGAGGUCGUCAUAUUUUCCCAUACAAAGUCUAUAACCUUUUUAUUAAAUACUUUAAAUUUUAUUUAGACACUAACAUUAAUUUUAUUUUUAACAGUUUCUUUAUUGGUUUAACUGAGUAAAAGAUGAAAAACACGAAAAAUUUGAAAAUUAAUGGCGUAGUUCCAGCUUGUGUAUUGAUUGUGACGAAAUGUUUGCGGGCCGGAAUGUUUCCGGCCAUAUAUCGUGUGAUAUAUGCCGGUAAACUUUCAAAGAAAAAAGAAGAGAUGAAAUUGAAAGUAUAUAAUAAGUCUAAAAGUAUCAGAGUAUCAUUAUAUUAUACAUGUUUUCAGUAAUUAAUUGUGAUAUUAUUUUUUGAACCGGUUUGCUAAAACAUAUGUAUUCCAUGCAAUUCAAAACUCUUUACAAAUUCUUUAUAUUCAACAUGAUAACAUUCUCAUUCAGAGAUGUUCAUUUUAAACCAUCAAGACCAAAUUUCAUCACUUAGUACAGUGUAUUGGAAUGUUGUACUUUAUUUGCAACACUUACACCUAUUUAUAUAAAGGUUACAUUCAUCUAAAACGCUGUACAAUUUCUUAGAUGCAACGUGGAAUUGAUUUAGAUAGGUUACCCUGUAUCAGUAUCAUCAGAAUUAGGUUAGACUGUAUCAGUAUCAUCAGAAUUAGGUUAGACUGUAUCAGUAUCAUCAGAAUUCGGUUAGACUGUAUCAGUAUCAUCAGAAAUAGGUUAGACUGUAUCAACUUCAUCAGAGUUAGACAGGUUACACUGUACUUAUAUAAUGUGGAGGUAUCUGGAAUUUAGUUUGGUGGUGGAUCCAAGAGAAUUAGGGACAACCUCCAGGGUUAGUGUUUUACACAAAUCUUUUAAUUUACAACCAUUUUGAUUUUUUGGACAGUUUUUGUCACGUAUCAAAUUUUAAACUGCCAAAAUCACUAUAGUCAUAUCGGACUGGUUGUGAGGAUUAAGAAUGCAUAGGACUUGUUGUGUGUAUAAGAAUUUCAUAAAAAGGUGCUUUCUCAAUAUAUUCAUUAUUCCAUUCAUGAGGUGAUUAUUGCUAUGAUGAAACUGUACAUUGUAUAUAUCUAUUUAUGAUGUCAUUCUUUCUAUAUAAUGAAAUUGUACAUUAUAUAAUAUCUAUUCAUGACGUCGUUAUUUCUAGGAUGAAAUUGUACAUUGUAUAAUAUCUAUUCAUGACGUCGUUAUUUCUAGGAUGAAAUUGUACAUUGUAUAUAUCCAUUUUGGAGGCUGAUUUUGUCUCACUGCAGUUUACAUAUCUGUUAUAAUGAUUUUUUGAAAAUAAUAUGUAUUGAUGAUUUAUUUCUGAAAGUGUUCAAAAUAUUAUGGCUUUGUUGAGACACUGUGUAGAUAACGGAAGAAUACGGGGAGGUGUAAUUAUUCAGCCUCUCUCUGGUAUAGGUUGAAGUCGUUGUACUUUGUUUAUUUUCCCAUUUCUCUAAGUCUAUACCCGAUGAAUUGGGCAUGUUACAAAUUUUAGCUGUCCACAAUGGAAACAUUCCUUUUCACAAUAUGGCUUGGAAAAAUUAAUCCUCCAACUUUGUGGCAUCAACAUUUUAGGUGGCACCACUGCACCAGUUGUCAAUGCAUGGGUUUAAUAUAUGGCUUACUUGAUUAUGAUAAAAUCCAGCCAAAUCGAACUAAGCCAGGGAUACCCGGCUACGCACUAAGAAUUAAGUGACCCAGCUACAGUAAUGAAAAUGUUGAUGACUUUCUAUUAUAUAAAAAAAAAAUUGGCAUACAAAAAGGCCAGCACUUUAACAAAUGUUUAUUUCACCAGCGUCCCUGGAUUAAAAACAUUUUGUCUUAGAAUGCUAUAACGUGAAUUCAAUCUAAUGUAUUCUGGUCAUGCACAACAGCAGCGCCCUCGUCUGGAAUUCUGGACUCGUUUUGUCAACUGUCCACAUUUUUCAGAGAAGGAAAUUAAAGUUUGGCAGCCAGAGAAUGGUUUCGACUUGAUGCAAUAAAUAUGUUUAGAUUUACAAAAUGUAUGGUGCAUUCUCUCCUAUAGUUGCUGUAAUAUUACAUCCAUUAAGUUUAGAGAUUUUACCCCAAAUGUAUAUGUUCACAGAGAAGAAUGUAGCUGGUAGUUGUUAUAUAUAAAGUCCAUUAGAAAUGACUUACAAGUUUGUACAGUAUUCAUAUCUCAUUUUUGUGGUUAGUUUUCCAUCACAAAGAGGAAUAAAAUGUGAUAAAAGAAACAAA